AUGGAAGUCACCAUACUAGAUCUUCAGCCCAGCUUCCUUGAGACGUUGACUACGGAUCAAGGAUGGGCUACGCUGCAAGUAAAACUCGGCGAUGCUGGACAGUUUAUAGAGUACCACGCUCGAUGGGGUAGACUAGAGGAUCACUCAGCAGCAACAGCUAGGGCUAUUGCGCACAACAUCAACAUCAUUGCAUCGGAGGCUAAGAAACUCUUGAUCCAUAAUGACAAGAGUGUAGCGGCGCUAUCUUCGCAGCUAGAGGAUCUGCUGAUGAAUGAUUAUCACUCCAAGAAACGCCCUAGCGAUUCCUGUUCGUCCUCCUCGACCCCCCUUCGCUCCUCAAAACGUCAAAGAGCACCAUCUCUCCCCUCACCCUCAACACCCAUCACCCGCGCCUCCUCACCCACCCCAUCCGAAGACUCCUCCACACCCCCAAAGAGAGAAGGGAAUCAAAAAGAAACAGAUCACUCUGUCGUUCGUCUUUGGUUCCUCAACCAUCUCUCCAGACCUUAUCCCACUUUAUCUCAGAAAGAAACACUCGCUACUAAAGCUGGAAUCACACGAAACAAGGUUGAUUCCGACUUGACCAAUUUUAGAAGAAGAGCAGGAUGGACGGAUCUUAUGAAUCGCUUCUGCGGAGGGGACAGGGAUAGGAUGAAGAGAUUGAUUGAACGAGUCGAGAAUGGUAGAGAAGAACGAGAGGAAGUGUUGAGGAGUGUUCAAAGGAUGAAAGAUUAUCUUGGGAGGAAGGAGGAAGAGAGAGUUGGUGAUUGGGUCAGAGAGGUCACCGCUCUCACAUCAUCCCUCACAUCGAAUACCGGUAGAACCACAUCCACCUCUACUUCAACAUCGUCCUCUUCCGACUCAUCAUCCACCCUCUCCCACAACCGAUCCAUCACGUCCCUCUCGGAAGUAUCCAACCUCGCCAAGCCAACUGCUCGAUCCCUCUCAGGCUCAUCAUCAACCUCAUCAUCCUCUCUAUCCGAUACAUCUUUCACCCUCCAACCAACUCGAAAGCGACUUAACCCGAACGCGGAAGUAUUCGUACCUAACAAACGAUAUACCCCAUCCACUUCCUCUUCUAGACAGUCCUCCACUGAAUCUGCAAGUGAAGUCGAUGCGAGAUGGGCAAAUCCCUACGACCCCUCUAUCUGGUCCACCACCACUAGUAUCCCUCUGCUUCCUCAUAUGUCGUCUGGUACGCAUAAUACCUGGAGUAUGCCGACGGAUGGAGGGUUCCAACCUAGGAUAAGUAGUUGGAGUAGUAAUGGGAGUGUGAGUGGGCUGAGCAGGGCUUUGUGA